AUGGUAAUUGGAAUCGUUAUUGCAUUAGGUGCUAUCGCCAUUGAAAGACAUUUGGAAAAGAAGAAGCUUAGAAACAUGAGUGCUCAAGAGAGGGAAGAAUAUGAACGCUACCAAAGUGCUCAGGAACAAGGAGGAUCUCCACCGCAAUACCUGAAACAUUACCCUGCUCCACCGCAAUAUCUGGAACAAUACCUGGAUGCCGGGUAUCAUUCGCGUCCAGCCAAGACCAGUAAUUCUUGCAGAAUGAAUUACAAUCGUGGAAGAAGAAUGACAAACAAGCAGGACAAAACAGCGCUGCCUCCUACAUCCAAGGGGAACAAGAAAGGCCAUGGAGCAGAGUUUGUAGCGGAGAAUAAAGGUGUCUCAAACACUCCACCAGCAUAUACCGUUUGA